CUCUGAUUGCCGUUUUUUUCUUAUUUUGACCCCUAUAGGAGGUGCCGAUACAAAUGGCAGGCUCAGAAGUAGUACUGAAACUCUUGUGGGACUGAGUGAAUAAAAGAAUAAUGCUUUGGAGAGGUAUUGAGUAACAGCAUCAGGAUCAAGAUAUGUAGUACCAAGACCAAGAUCAAGUGUCGAGAAUCACGUACUUCUAGACCGGUGGUCAAGUAACUAUGGCAGAACCUGAAGGAAAGGGUUUGUUUCUCCGCUUUGGGUGGCCCUUCCCAGACAUGAAGGACCCACCCCUUUCCUUCAGACUCAGGAGCACCUUUAUUGUCCCCAUGGUGGGCACCUUCAGCAAGAUUCUGCUAAGUUUGUGCAACAACGUCAAUGGCCAUAAUUUGGAGCGCUUGCAAGAGAUGGUGGAGAAGAGGCCAAAGGGUACACCACUGAUCACUGUCUCCAACCAUUAUUCCUGUAUUGAUGACCCUGCUCUCUGGGGUGUGCUGAAGUGGCGGCACCUGUGGAGUGCCACCACCAUGCGCUGGUCUCCUGCUGCCCACGAUAUUGCCUUUACACGUCGCAUCUACAGCUGGUUCUUCAGCAGUGGGAAAUGUGUACCCAUCAUCCGAGGACUUGGGGUGUACCAGCAAGCAAUGGAUUUUCUGUUGGAGCGUUUGGGGGAAGGUCACUGGGUGCACAUAUUCCCUGAGGGCAAGGUGAAUAUGACACUUGAGAGAAUGCGGCUCAAGUGGGGAGUUGGACGUCUGGUGUAUGACUCCUCAGUGUGCCCCAUUGUGCUGCCCUUCUACCAUGUUGGGAUGGACCGUGUCUUGCCAAACCACCCCCCCUACAUUCCCCGCAUCGGCAAAUGGGUUACUGUGGUAGUGGGUGAACCGCUGGACUUCAGGGCGGAGGUGGAAGAGAUGCGUAGAAGGAAUGAAGAUCCAGCCUAUGCUCGUCGUCACAUCACUGACCGCAUUCAGGAGGAGUUGGGCCACCUGAGGGAACAUGCUGAGGAACUCCAUGCAAAGUUGAUGGCUGAGAAAGGAGAAAUGUGGAAGCCUGCAGUGCAUGGCAGGAAGGAAGGGUGUGCAUGAGGUUUUGUAUUGAAAUAUAUUAGGAAA